UUAUUCCAAAAAAACAAUUUUAAAAUUAAAAAAAUCUCCAGCUUCUCUCACUCAAAAAAUAUGGCUGCCACAACAGCCAACAAUACAAUUAAUCUCUCAUCAAAUUCGCAUCAUUCAACCUCUUCCCCUUCAAGACCUUUAAUUCCAACUUCAACCUCCUCGUCUCGUCGAGGAAUUUCCUCUCCUCCCUCUUUACUUAAUGCUCGUUUAUUUGCACGUUUUUCUACAAGUGCAAUUUAUGGAAAUCAUCAACAAAAUCAAGAACAAAAAAUGGCCGAGCUUAGAGCGGCAUAUGCUUCUCCUCAGAAUCAAAGCCCUCUUACUAAUGGUAGCCUAACUUCAACUCGGAAUGGUAGGAAUGGUGGUCGCCCAUCACGAGCUUCUCUCCCUAUGGCCGCUUUAACUUUGUCUAAUGAUGUUGUUGAAGUAGCACAAAAUGGGAAAUGUAAUGGAGGAGUUGUUGAACCUGCUACGCCUACAAAGACUGGUCUUUUAUUACUUCAACACAGCAAAGGAACUGCUUUAAGUACAACUUCAUUAUUACCAACAAAUACUGGAAGCCGUCGUGGAAGUGCUGUUGCUAAUUGUUUACCAACUCCUUCAAUAAUGGAAUUAGCUGCAGCAGCGGGGUUGUUGUCUCUUUCACCUAGUGAUCUCGUUUUUGAAUCUUCUGUUCUUGGAAUUGCUUACUACGAUUUUGUCCUUUCUGUUUCAGAAGUUUCUGGGGGCAACAAUUCUUCAAAUAAAUCAACAAAAACAAAAGAAGAAACUAAAAUUUUGACAACAAAUCCUUCAAUUUCUUCAGAUUCCUCUUCUUCCUCGUCUCAUACUUUAAUUCAACGCCAAAUUGGAUCACCUAAAGCCAAAAUAUGCAAACAUGGAAGUGAACCAAGUCCUUCUAGAGGCUUUGACAAAUCUGCUAGUAGUAUAGUUUCAUCAUCCCUUUUUUCAAAAAAUUCUGGAAAACAACAACAAAGGUUGGGGGCUGAACGAAAAACUUCUUCACAAUCUGCUAGACAUGAAAAACCAGAGCCUAUACCUCAACGUAAAUGUUCUUCUCCACCUCCAACCACCACUAUUCUUGAACAAGAAACAUUGCAAAGAAGCAACAACAACGCUUAUUCUAAUUGUAACUAUAGGCUGUUUCUUGCAAAAUUGGAUACUCACACAAAUGUUGAGUGGUUUGAGAGUGUUGUUGUGCCUGGGGAUCUACUAGAACGUAAUCUCAUUCCCGUCAAUGAACUUUCUCUUUUAACCAUGGGAAUUUUGGUUUGGCGUUCAAGACUAGCAAAUUCUCGAUUGCUUUGUUUAGCGAAUGGACAACUUGGUGAAGACUCAACAACUGCAUUAGAAGCCCUAAAGAGAGCAGCAGCUAAAUAUCGUUGCAACCACCAUGUUUUAACUAUCGGUCAAAGGCGUCAAUCAGCAUCGAGUACUCAUAGUUCUUGUUCCAGCUCAAGUUUUAGAUCCUCAAGUUCUUCUGGAUCUAAUGGACAGUCUUCUCAACAGGAUGCGGGCAUGAAACUUCGAGUUUUGAUGUGUCAAUCUCGCAGUGAAUUACCAGAAUUGCCCUCACAAGCUUUACGUGAUGCAAAAUUCCUUUUGGCUCCAAGUUCAAAUCCUUUGCUUUGUUUAUGUUUUCCAUUGACUUGA